CUGGGUUCACUGGAUCACCAGGACCACCAGGUCUUAUGGGUCCAGCGGGGUUGAAGGGAGUUCCAGGCGUCAACGGACCCCCUGGACAGCUUGGUGAGAUGGGGCCAAGGGGACCACUUGGCAAACCAGGAGAGGAAGGGUCUGAUGGUAUUAUCGGUAUUCCUGGUGUUCCUGGACCCCAGGGAAAACUAGGGGGUGAUGGACCACCAGGUCAGAAAGGAGACUCUGGAGAUGUGGGAAUCGAAGGAGACAUUGGGAGUCCAGGACCACCGGGUCUAAAAGGUGCCAGUGGAAAACCAGGAAAACACGGACCCUCAGGUGAUCCAGGCUUGAAAGCACAGCAUGGAAAGAAAGGAGAUUCUGGCCAAAAGGGAGAUCUAGGUCCUCCGGGGAUGCCAGGGAAACAGGGAUUCAGAGGCAGAGGAGGGCAGUCUGGUGUACAGGGAGAGAUUGGCCCUUCUGGACCUGCUGGUUCACCAGGGCCCACGGGAUAUGAUGGAUCUGUUGGAGAUCUGGGGAGACAGGGAAAUGAUGGAUCUAAGGGAGAGAGAGGCCACCCUGGUAUCCAAGGUGCUUCUGGACUGAGAGGAGACAAGGGUCAGACUGGCCAAGGGGGAUUCGUUGGUUUUCCAGGACCUUUGGGGGAGAUGGGAAAAUCUGGAGAACCAGGGCCUGAAGGAGAGCCCGGUAUUAAGGGCCGACCAGGAGUCCCUGGAGGAACCGGGUUUAAAGGUCACAAGGGACAUCAGGGUGUUUCAGGGAGCAGAGGACAGGACGGCAUUCACGGUGCAUCUGGAUCGAUUGGACCAUCAGGAUCAGAUGGAGAUAAAGGACCUCAGGGUCCCCAAGGUUUACAGGGAAGGCCUGGUGCACCAGGAGUCCAAGGUCCCGUUGGAAAAAGCGGGGAACCAGGGAGCCUGGGCCUCACUGGCAAACCCGGAAAGCCUGGAAUCAGAGGUGUUAAAGGCAGAGAGGGUUCAGUAGGGCUUUACGGCAGUCCUGGAGAGAAGGGGAAAAGUGGUGCUGAGGGGCCCAAAGGAAAUCCCGGUCAGCAAGGUCUUCGAGGCCUACCAGGAGAGAAGGGCUACAGAGGACCUGCUGGCCCACAGGGAAACAUAGGGCAGUGGGGUGAAACAGGUCUGCGGGGGCCUGUAGGAAAUCAAGGGCCAAGAGGGCCACCGGGGCCACAUGGAGUGGCUGGGUACCCAGGUAAAGAUGGACCACCUGGACCCAUUGGACCUCCAGCAGAUAAAGGUGACAAGGGACUGAGAGGAGCCAGUGGACUGAAGGGAGCUGCUGGUAUCGAUGGUGAGGAGGGCUCAAUGGGUGAAACUGGGCCAGUCGGACCAGCAGGAAGCAAAGGCUUGUCUGGUGAGAAGGGUAUCGAAGGAUCUUUGGGUGAUCGUGGCUCAAAAGGAAUCCAAGGAGAGAGCGGAAAUCGAGGACCUGCUGGAUUGAAAGGACAACAAGGACAAGAAGGGUUGGGUGGUUCUCUAGGGCAGAAGGGAGAUCCUGGAUCCCCUGGUGAAAAAGGUCAGACAGGUGUGAGAGCUCACUCUGGGUUUGUAGGAACGUAUGGUCCUGGAGGGAACAUGGGAAAAUCUGGUGAAAAAGGCGACAAAGGUCUACGUGGGCUUGUUGGUGAGGCAGGACCAAAUGGGCUGCCAGGUCCAAAUGGUGCUAUUGGGUUACCGGGUUUGCAUGGAAAAAAGGGUUUGUCGGACAAAGUGGAAAACUUGGACCAAAAGGAGAGCCUGGAGAUAAAGGGAAUCCAGGCAGCCCUGGGAAGAUUGGAUCAAUUGGUGUUUCAGGCCCAAGUGGGAAGAAAGGAGAGCUUGGAACAGGAGGCGAAAUGGGGCCCGUGGGUCAGCCAGGAGCUGUGGGUCAUCGUGGACUAAAGGGAAAACUAGGACCUUCAGGACCUUCAGGGGGAAAAGGAUUCAAGGGUCAACCAGGGCCAAAAGGAAUGAGCGGUUCUCAUGGAAGGAGAGGAAGUAAAGGUGUUGCAGGAAAGCCAGGACCUCAUGGACCAAAAGGGAAACAU